AAAAUGUUAUUGCGUGCGUGCCCUUUUCCAAGAUUCAAAAUCAAAAACCCUCCAAACCCAUCGUCCUCGUCUCUUUCCCCCCUUCGAUUUUGAAUCCAUAGCAAUCACCUAUAUCAGUAGAAAUCAUCUGCUGUCGCAUCUAAAAUCCGACUCUACUGAAGAUUAAGAGAGAAUCAAUGGAGGGAGAUGAAUCUAAAGGUGGGGGUGGAGGUGAAGGAGCAGUGUUAAAAGGAGUUCCGGCGUACGGUGGCAAAUACAUUCAUUACAACGUACUUGGAAACCUAUUCGAGGUUUCUUCCAAGUACGUUCCUCCGAUUCAACCUGUAGGCCGUGGUGCAUACGGCAUCGUUUGUUGUGCUAAAGAUUCUGAAACAAAGGAAGAUGUUGCAAUCAAGAAAAUUGGGAAUGCAUUUGAUAACAGUAUCGAUGCCAAGAGGACUUUAAGGGAAAUCAAACUCCUCUGCCAUAUGGAUCAUGAGAAUAUCAUCAAAAUCAAAGACAUCAUACGCCCACCAAAUAAAGAAAACUUCAAUGAUGUUUACAUUGUGUAUGAAUUAAUGGACACCGAUCUGCAUCAAAUCAUCCGCUCUACUCAAGCACUAACAGAUGACCAUUGUCAGUAUUUUUUGUACCAGUUACUUCGUGGGCUAAAAUACGUACACUCUGCAAACGUUUUACACCGUGAUUUAAAACCAAGCAACUUGCUUCUGAAUGCUAAUUGUGAUUUAAAGAUUUGUGACUUUGGGCUUGCAAGAACAACAUCUGAGAGUGAUUUCAUGACAGAAUAUGUUGUGACAAGGUGGUAUAGAGCCCCUGAGUUGCUGCUUAAUUGCUCAGAGUACACCACAGCCAUUGAUAUUUGGUCAGUUGGUUGUAUUUUAAUGGAGAUUGCUUUGAGGGAGCCUCUGUUUCCUGGUAAAGAUUAUGUUCAACAAUUGCAGCUUAUAACCGAGCUUCUUGGUUCUCCAGAUGACUCGGAUCUUGGAUUUUUGAGAAGUGAGAAUGCUCGAAAGUAUGUGAAACAACUUCCUCAUAUACCCUCCAAGACUUUUCAACACAAGUUUCCGAAUUUGUCCCCACUUGUGAUCGAUCUUGCAGAGAAAAUGUUGGUUUUUGAUCCAUCCAAACGCAUAACUGUUGAAGAAGCGCUAAAUCACCCGUUUUUGCAAAGUCUACAUGAGAUAAAUGAGGAGCCGAUUUGUUCGUCUCCAUUUAUGUUUGAUUUUGAGCAAGCAACUUUAAGUGAGGAAGAUGUGAAGGAGCUUAUUUGGGAAGAAACUUUGAAGUUUAAUCCAGAUACUGAAAGUGAAGUGGCUGAGUAAUCUUGAUUCUGAGUUUUUUGAGAUAUUUAUCUCAAAGUUUGUCUUGAAAAUCUUUUUUGUUUUGAUGGAAGUUAUAUGGUAUGUUGUGUUUUUGAAAAGCAGAAUGAUACCAGUGAGUUUCUUGCUUGCAGCCUUGAACCAGAGAAGUAACAACAUAUCAUAUAACAAAUGAUAUGAGAGGACUGCUUUAGUGGCUUGUACUUUGUGUAUUAAGAGUUGUAUAUCCAUUUGGAGUUUGUUUUUUUGGUUUGCUGAAGGGUCGUGUAUCUGAAUAUGUAGAUCAAUUUUUUGUUAGUUUUCGUUAAACAAGAGAUUGGUUUGAAUUUAAGUUUUGAAGAUAUUUGAAGGGGAAUUUGGCAUAAAACUCUUUUAAGUUUACAUCAUUUUAUAGGUUUCCCUUUUUGUUUUA